UACGUCGGUUUGUUAUUGUCACGUGACAGCUGACUCAACCGCCAACUGUUGCUGAGUAGCUUCUAGUUUCUGCUGGAAAUGAUGAAAUAUGAAGACACACACUCGGCUGACGUGUUGUUUAAGAUGUUUAUAAGCGCAACCUCAACUCGUCUGUGAGCGGUGAACCACUGGAAGCGGACUUUACGUGCCAAACGAGGUUAAAACUCCCAACUGAUAUUUAAAGUUAGCAUUAGCAUUAGCUUAAUCGCCACAGAAGGAGGAAGUGGACUGAGGCAACACUCGUUUUCAGUAUGAGGAGAAACCGACAGAGGGGAUCCCAUCUGGGCCUUCUGCUCCUGGCGUCCCAGCUGCUCCAGGUGGGUCUGGACAACAUCCCCCCCGUCACCCUGGCUGUCCUGGGGCUCAACACGUACCUCUACCUGUUUCCUGCAGCUCCACUCAUGCAGGCCUGUGUGAGUGUCCAGCAGGCGUACUGGUUUAAAGACUGGCGCCGUCUUCUGCUGUCGCCGCUGCAUCAUGCUGAUGACUGGCACCUCUACUUCAACAUGGUGUCCUUCCUCUGGAAAGGUAUGAGGCUGGAGAGGCGGCUGGGCGGAGCCUGGUUCGUCUACCUGCUGGCAGUCUUCUCUCUGCUCACCGGAUUGGUCUAUCUGGUGCUGGAGGCGCUGUUAACUGAGCUCACCCAGGAUCCGUCCUACAGCAUGACCUGUGCUGUCGGCUUCUCAGGAGUCCUGUUCGCUCUGAAGGUGCUCAAUAAUCACUACCACCCUGGAGGUGUGACCUAUGUGAUGGGUUUACCUGUUUCUAAUCGCUAUGCCAGCUGGGCAGAGCUGGUCCUGAUUCAUAUAACAUCACCAGGGACCUCUUUCAUUGGUCACCUGGCAGGUAUCCUGGUGGGUCUGCUCUACACUGCUGGACCACUGAAGGCCAUCAUGAAGAAAUGUGCAGAGUUUGUGACAGCAAAUGGAUAUAACUCUCAACCCGGUGCGUACUACAGCUCUACAGGCUCUUCAGGUAACAGCAUUCAAGGCUACAGUGGGAUUCAUGGAGGAUACUCAGGAAACCACCAGUCUGCACCAUAUUACACCACAGCUCCUACAGCAUCUUAUACAGGCGGACUGACGGAGGAAGAGCAGAUAGAGGCGGCCAUUAGAAACAGUCUGAAUGACAGAGGACAAAGCAACCAGACAAGCGCUCCGCCUCCUUAUGGAUUCAAUCUCUCCGAGGAGGCGACGGCUGAGGAGAUCAGGCAGAGGAGACUGAGGAGGUUUGACAGCUGAACUGCCAGCCAGCGGAGACGAAGGACAAUCCGUGAUGAGACAGAAGAGGAAUUCCCUCCUGAGGCCUCGUCCAUACUCUGCUUCCACAGACCGACGGAGAGCUCCCUGAAUGCAAAGGUCUGACCACACAGUCUGACACAGUAAACAGCUCUUUUUUACUGUGUGGUGCCUUUCUGUUAAAGUGCCUCUGAGUGUUACCAAAGAGUUAAUGUAAGCUAUGGAAAGCUACUUUACUGCUUCCAAUCAAAAUAGAGGAAAGUUAAUGAGUAUUUGUCUUAUUUCUCUGCCAAUUUUCUGUUGUUAAACCACUUAAAGUUUUGAAAAGGGCACCGGAGGUCAAAAUAGAUGCCAUAAAGUUGUUUGAUCCCAAUUAUAAUUUCCCUAACCCAUCCAAACUACAGUAGACCAGGUCUAGAUCUAUGUGUUAUAUUUAGACUUGUCAAACAUGGACUAAAUAAAGUAGAUUUCAGAGAUCCAGGAUCUGAAACCUUUAUUCUACCAGUAAAAGCAGAAGAAAAGGUCACCAGUUUAUUUCUAUCUAGGCCAUGUGAGACCCGGUCCAUCUCAAAGACUGUGAUGCUUUGACUUCAGAAGUGGAUUAUAUUGUGUCAGUCAAGGAUAAUUCAGUACAAAAUGGUCUUAAUCCCAGAUUAGAAGUGGCACCUGUAUGAUUAGAUCUCACACUUGCUGUGUCGCUAACAAAAUGGUCAGUCGUUGACGCCUGAAGCUUGUGAGUUUUGCUCACAUCACAUGAGCUUUGCAGGAAUUUUAAUACUUUCUGAUGUCUGAAUAUUUUGGCAAGUGAUCAAUAUAAGCGCUGCACAGCAUGUUGGAAUUUUCACUUUGAAACGGUGGAAUGAAUUUGGCUGGAUAAGGGGGGCGCAUGUGUCGGUGCGACGCUGUCGAUAAUACUGAGACGGAGCGAAGGAGAUCGAUGGAUUCACACAGAGACAAACAAACAGAACACGCCACUUACUUUGUGUUUGCAAGAGAGACCAUGAGAGAGAUGCAAACCGUGAGCAGCUUUCUCUACGUACCUCCUUCUGCUUAUUGUGAACACACUGAUUAAUACAUUUGAAUAAAUGACGCUGUUUGUUUUAACAUCCAGCACUGAGGCGUUGUUCGAUGUGCUCCGGUCCCUGUGGAUCUUUGAUUGAUUUCAUGACUUUUUUUCUCCCUCUGACCUGUCAGAACAAAACUUUCUUUGUGUUCUGAGUCCUCCUGAUUUACAAAUUAAGCACUGAGAAUAAGUUCAGAGGUUUUUUGAUCUACACUUUUAUCAUAUGUGAUCUGGAUACAAAAAAAAAACCUGUGAAUUCAACCCUUUUUCUGUUCUCACAAAUAGAAGAAAGGUAUUUCACUUUUUGAAAAACUGAAAGUGAAAGCUAAUGAACUGGAUGCUGACCUGGCAGUGGGUAAGACUUUAAAUCUCAAUAGGUUUUUAAAGCUAUUACUAAACUUCAAAAGGCAAUAUUGAGAAAAGCAGUGGGAUAGCUUCAGGCAGAAAUGAAGCUGGAAUUUAAAUCUUUAAUGGGGAUGCCAAUGAAUUUCUGCUUCUUUUUUUCUUUUUUAAUGAGAUGUUAAAUCCGAACCAGCCAGUAUUUUCACAGUGGGCUCAGUCAGUAUAUACCAGCCAUACUCAGAAUGAUGCUUUUGAACUGUGUCUCUCUCCAUGCUGUUCACGCUGUUCUGACUGAUUCCUUUUUUCCUUUCAAAUCAGCAUUUAUCAGAUUACCAAAACACCACACUAUUGAGGCAAGUCAUACAUAACCACUGCAGAGGUCCCAUAGCUGAUGAAUGCUGUGCUGAUGUACGUUAAAAGGUCACACAUCUGUUGUCAUGCAUGCCCAGUCUGUUCCUGUCAUGCUACAUCUCUAAUAAAUGUUCUUUUGAGAAUAGAAAA